AUGGCAAGGUACAUCCAGGAAUUCGAAGUUGUCUGUGGUUUCCGUCAAGGUGUCGGAGCCCUCGAUGAAUUCCACUUUCCCAUUUCGCCACCAAAGGAGCACGCCACAGACUACCAUAGCUAUAAAGGCUGGCACAGCAUCAUCUUGCUGGCGCUUGUGGAUCACAAGUACCGCUUUAGGUAUGACAACGUUGGUGCCCCUGGACGCUGCCACGACGCACACGUGUUUCGCCUUUCAAAGCUGUCGAAGAUGAUUGACAGUUCGCUUUUUGAAACCCCGCAUGCCACAAUAGGCAGCAGCAUAUCGGCACCACCAAUAAUUCUUUGUGAUCAGGCUUUUCCAUUGGCACAAAACAUGAUGAAGCCCUUUUGA